UCUUAUCUCCACAAUUCUUUCAUCAAGCUCUCUCUUCUCCUCAAGUCCCAGUUACAAGGCUUGAAGGGAAGAAGAGCAGCUCCAACAGAAGGUUGGGCAGCAAACAUGGCAUUCUGCAGCCCACACACCACCACAUCCCUGCACUCCCCACGCACCACUAUCCCAAACUCAGGCUUCAGGCAGAACCAAGUCAUCCUCUUCACGACCAGAAGCAGCAGGAGGAGUAACACGAGGAAUGGAGCAAGGACCUUCCAGGUUUCAUGCGCAGUUGACAAGCCAAUAGUGAUUGGCCUGGCAGCAGACUCAGGAUGUGGGAAAUCCACCUUCAUGCGCCGGCUCACCAGUGUGUUUGGAGGUGCUGCAGAGCCACCCAGGGGCGGGAACCCAGACUCGAACACACUCAUCAGCGACACCACAACGGUGAUAUGCCUUGAUGACUACCAUUCCUUGGACAGAACCGGGAGGAAGGAGAAAGGUGUGACCGCCCUGGACCCCAAGGCAAACGACUUUGAUCUCAUGUAUGAGCAGGUGAAGGCAAUCAAAGAGGGCAAGGCUAUCGAGAAGCCAAUCUACAACCAUGUCACCGGCCUCCUGGACCCGGCGGAGCUCAUCCAGCCUCCCAAGAUCUUCGUCAUCGAGGGUUUGCACCCAAUGUACGACGAACGUGUGAGAGACCUCCUUGAUUUCAGCAUCUACUUAGACAUCAGCAAUGAGGUUAAGUUUGCAUGGAAAAUUCAGAGAGACAUGGCAGAGCGUGGACACAGCCUUGAAAGCAUCAAGGCUAGCAUUGAAGCCAGGAAACCAGAUUUUGAUGCAUUUAUCGAUCCGCAGAAGCAAUACGCCGAUGCUGUGAUUGAAGUCCUGCCAACCCAGCUGAUUCCUGAUGACAAUGAAGGAAAGGUGCUGCGUGUUAAAUUGAUCAUGAAAGAAGGCGUGAAGUUCUUCAACCCGGUUUACCUGUUCGAUGAAGGAUCAACCAUCAACUGGAUCCCUUGUGGAAGAAAGCUUACGUGCUCUUACCCUGGCAUCAAAUUUUCCUAUGGCCCAGACACUUACUUUGGCCAAGAGGUAUCGGUGCUGGAGAUGGAUGGGCAAUUUGACAGACUAGAUGAGCUAAUCUAUGUUGAGAGCCACCUAAGCAACCUCUCGUCCAAGUUCUACGGGGAGGUGACACAGCAAAUGCUAAAGCAUGCAGAUUUCCCAGGCAGCAACAACGGAACAGGUCUCUUCCAAACUAUCGUAGGUCUGAAGAUUAGAGAUCUCUAUGAACAAAUCAUUGCUGAGAGGGUCGGCGCACCUGCUCAAGCAGCCAAAGUUUGAUGAGCCCCAUAUUCAGAUUGCACAAAUCAUUUCAUCACCAACCCAAUGAGAAUGAGCAUCCUCGCUUGUAACUAGUUUGGAAAUAUUACAGCUAGGAGAUGGUAGAAAGUUCAUUGCAGAAACUCAUGAAAACCUGCACUUGAACUUCUCGAAAACCCUUUCCAUGAGGGGACUCCUACGUCUCCUGUUAACACAUUUCGAUGUACAUCUUCUCCCACGUUUCAAUGCAGAAAAUACAUGUGCUUGCUAUAUUAAAA